AUGUCUAGUCAAAUGAAUUCUAAUUUUGGGGGUGUUGAAUUUGUUACAUCAGAAGAAGUAGAGUCUAGUGAUAGAAUAGAUGAAACUCAGAGUGGAGAGACAACAAAUAAGAAAAGGAGAAGAUCUCCUGCAUGGGAUUACUUUACUUUGCAAACGAUUGACAAUGUAUUGAAAGCAGUGUUCAAUCACUGCGGGAGUCGGAUUAUAAGCUUUAAAUAUGUACUAUGCCCACAUGACGCUCCAGCACUUACAGAGGCAGUAAGUUCUUCAAUGUCUGAAUGGAUCAUUGAAGAUAAGGUUAGUACGGUGACACUUGAUAAUGCAUCCACUAAUGAUGCAAUGAUUCCACUUUUGAAGCAAAAAUUUGAUCCUAGUUGCUUUAUUUUGAAUGGAGAGCUACUUCACAUGCGUUGUUGUGCGCAUAUAUUGAAUUUAAUUAUUAGAGAUGGUUUGUCUGUUAUCGGUGAUAGCAUUGAUAAGAUUCGAGACAGUAUCGCUUAUUGGUCGGGCACACCAAAAUGGUAUGAGAAAUUUGAGGAGAAUGCUUGUCACCUUGGAGUGACAAGUACUGAAAAGUUGUCUCUUGAUUGUGUUACAAGAUGGAAUUCAACAUACUUAAUGAUAAAGACAGCUUUAUUGUACAAAACAGUAUUUGAGCGAGCAAAGCUUCGUGAUCGAAAGUAUAAAUGUUUGCCAUCAGAAGAUGAUUGGAUUAGAGCUUAA